AUGGAGGCCAGGUCAACUCCAACACUAGUCAGUGGACUUGUUGAAUGCAUAGCACACCUGAUAAGAAUAGCUGAAGAGCUUUUGCAGUUUAUUUCACAGGAACACCAAGUUCCUUACCCAGUUCCAAGUAGACUGGGCGAAGAAGCAAUUUUACCUGCUUCUGAGGAAGUUCCGCUGCCAGAUCUCGCUGAUCUCUCUGACCUAGAGUCAAUACUUUCACUAAAAGCAGUCAACAAUGCCACUGAAGAUGAAGAUCUCAUCCUUGAUAUUGAUGAAGCAAUGUUAGAUAUCAACAGCCUGUAUGAUGUUAUACCUACUGAUAAUGAUGACAAGCAAUAA